UUAUAAUUCUUAACCCUCCAUUUCCAUAGCCAUCUGACCUCCUCCUCUGGUGUAAUUCGGGUUCAAUUGGAGGACAUUUUGUGAUUUCUCGCCGCCACCGACUUCGAAACACAAGGCUCCUUGAAGCUCCAAGCAUCUAUGAUCUCGCUCUCUGGGUCUUUCAAUUUUCGUAUCUUUUCCCCCAUCGUCUAGGCCUUGAAGUUUGGUGCAAUUGUCCGUUGUGAUACACAUAAGGGCAUACAAGAUGUCAAGUAAGAAGGAAGAGAAAGCUCAGGCUGCAGCUGAAAGAAUCAAGGCUGCGGCCUUAAGUGCUGCUAAGGGUCUUAGUCGUGCUCAGGCUGAACGUGCAGCAGCUGCAGCAGCCAGGAAUGUGAAUGCUUAUGGUCAAAAGGAAGAGGGACCUAGCAGAUGGCAGGAGAAAAGGGAAGCAAAGAGGCAAAUGUAUUUGAUGAGUACUGAGAAAGCUGUUAAAUUGGGUGAAAGAAAAGACCUUAAACCUACCAUGUCAACUGUUGGUAGCACCGCACAAUGCCAAAAGUGUUUCCAAAGUGGUCACUGGACAUAUGAAUGCAAGAAUGAGCGGGUUUACAUCUCACGACCAUCCAGGACGCAGCAACUUAAAAAUCCUAAAUUAAGGGUUAAUGUUUCUGUGACAUAUGAUUUAGAUGAUAGUCCUGUUACCAAGGAGGAAAAGGUUGGAAAGAGCUCUUCUAAGAAAAGCAAAAGAAAGCAUCGGUCAGAUUCUGAUUCUCAAAGUGGUAGUGAGGAUUCAGUUUUUGAGACUGAUAGUGAGUCAUCUUCAGUUACAGGGUCAGAUUAUACUUCAGAAAGUAGUUCAGGUUAUAGCUCAUCAUCUGAUUCAGAGGAAGAACGGAGGCGAAGGAGGAGGAAGAAGCCACAGAAGAGGGGAAGGAGAAGAAGGUAUAGCACAUCAUCAGAAUCUUCUGAUUCUGAUUCAGAUUCUGAUUCUGGUGAUAGAGGGAGCAGGAGAAAGCGCAGACAUGGUAGAAGGCACUGAAGAUGUUUGAAGAAUAUGUGGAAUGGCAUUGGUGAUGAUUAGGAUCCCAAAACUAAAACAUCGUGCGUGUUGUGGUUUGGGUAAAUACAUAAGCUGGUGUUCCCAAAACUAAAUCAUGUUAUCUUGAAGAUGAUCAGAAACUAUAUAUUUAUCUUUCCUGUCAUUUAAUUUUUGUUGCUUUCUGCGUUGUGAUUGUAAGAUUCUUAAAGAUCAUAAGAAGCUAGAUUUGUUCUUUCUCAA